GCCACUCCUGCGUGUUCCGGGUGGAAACCGGCGCUGGCGGUCUGGCGUUCCGCAGGCGGAAGGGAAGGGGGAGGUGGCAAGGCAGUGCGCCGGCUGCUCCUCCCCAUCCCCCGCCUCGGCCCUGGAGGGGCUGGAUGGGCAAGUUGGGCGCAAUGGCUCGAGCCACGGAGGCGGCGGCGGCGGCCGGAGGCGGCGGCGCCUCCUCCUCCUCGCCCCGGCGCCGGCGGUGAUCGGAGCGAGCGGCCGCGGCCCCCGAUGAGACUGCUGGCGAGCUGGCUGUGCCUGAGCCUGGCGUCCGUGUGGCUGGCGCGGAGGAUGUGGACGCUGCGGAGCCCGCUCACCCGCUCCCUGUACGUGAACAUGACGAGCGGCCCCGGCGGGCCGGUGGCGGCCGCGGGCGGCAGGAAGGAGAACCACCAGUGGUAUGUGUGCAACAGAGAGAAAUUGUGCGAAUCACUACAGGCUGUCUUUGUUCAGAGUUACCUUGAUCAAGGAACACAGAUCUUCUUAAACAACAGCAUUGAGAAAUCGGGCUGGCUAUUUAUCCAAUUAUAUCAUUCUUUUGUGUCAUCUGUUUUUAGCCUGUUUAUGUCUAGAACAUCUAUCAAUGGGUUGUUAGGAAGAGGCUCAAUGUUUGUGUUUUCACCAGAUCAAUUUCAGAGACUGCUUAAAAUUAAUCCGGACUGGAAAACCCAUAGACUUCUUGAUUUAGGUGCUGGAGAUGGCGAAGUCACAAAAAUCAUGAGCCCUCAUUUUGAAGAAAUCUAUGCCACUGAGCUUUCUGAAACUAUGAUAUGGCAGCUUCAGAAAAAGAAAUACAGAGUACUCGGUAUAAAUGAAUGGCAGAAUACAGGGUUCCAAUAUGAUGUCAUCAGCUGCUUGAAUCUGCUGGACCGCUGUGAUCAGCCCCUGACUUUGUUAAAAGAUAUCAGAAGUGUUUUGGAGCCAACUAGAGGCAGGGUCAUCCUUGCCUUGGUUCUACCCUUCCAUCCCUAUGUAGAAAACGGUGGCAAGUGGGAGAAACCAUCAGAAAUUUUGGAAAUCAAAGGACAGAACUGGGAAGAACAAGUGAAUAGUCUGUCUGAAGUUUUCAGAAAAGCUGGUUUUGUCAUUGAAGCUUUCACCAGACUGCCAUACCUGUGUGAAGGCGACAUGUAUAAUGACUACUAUGUUCUGGAUGACGCUGUCUUUGUUCUCAAACCAGUAUAAAUAUUGGAGGUCGAAGUCUUCAGAGUUCGUACCCUCCAGGAUGCACCUUCCAGAAGAGGGUCUGUGUUAACAAUUAUGUGAAGGGAGGGCCUUUGGGGACUGUCAUUCUAAAUAUCAUGUAGGAAUUUUAAAAGCCAAAAUACUAAUUAUUUCUUUGUAGUGUCUAAAAGGAAUGUUUUUAAAAAACAAAACCCAACUCUUUGCGGAUUUUUACCAACUCUUUACUCAAGAGUCACACUCCAAUGCAGGUCACACUUCAAUUAUGAUGGAAGAUAUUUUUUAUACUUAAUUGCAGUAGGGACUCAUUCCCAGAAAAAGCAAUAGUCAUGACUUCAUGGAACCAGUAAAUGGAUUGUUUUUACUAAAAUGAAGACUGGCAAUAAAGCUGUCCAUUCAGUUGCAAAUAUUGGUUACAAGGUAUAGCCACUGAUACUCUUUCAUGUUUAGAAAUUCUUUCUGUUAUUAUGCAAGAAAAUGUUUUUAAUCAUGCUAAUAAAAUUUUUUGGAGAUGA